AUGGAGCUCCCAAUAAGUGAUGUGGGUCAUGUGGAGCUAAUUGGAGGUUUGGUAAAGAUAAAAGGAGGAGCUAUAUCAAUACCUCAUCAUGAUGUUGAUUAUGAGUUCCACAAUCACAAACUCAGAUUAGUCUCAUCAUUUCCAAAAGAAGAAGAAAAUAGUGAUGAUGAUGAUGAUGAUGAUGAUUGGAAAGAUCAAGAAUCGGAAUUAAUAUGUGAUGGGUGCAUUACUCCUAUAUUCAGCCGGAAACAAAGACCAUCUUCUUCAACAUCAUCAUCAUCUUCUUCUUCUUCAAGUAGAAAAUAUUACUACUAUAUGAGUUGUAGCAGUGGAUGCAAUUACAAUCUUCACAUGGCGUGCUUCCGCUUGCCAUCUCGCCUCCCCUCCAUUCCACUCCACCACCAAUCUGGUCACCACCUGAUUCUCAAAUCUUCUCACAAACUUCCAUCCGAGGAGUGGGAGUGCAAGGUGUGUUCUCUCAUAUCAAGUGGACUGUUCUACGCUUGUACAAAAUGCAACUUCAGAGCAGACAUCAAGUGCGCUUCUCUGCCGGCCACCAUAUAUCACACGGCUCACCAACAACAUCCCCUCGACUUUCAACCCAGCUGGCAACUAAUUUACUGUGAUGCUAUGUGUGGUGACUCCUUAUACGGCAACUCUUACGCGUGCGGCAGCUGUGAGUUCAUUGUGCACGUUCCAUGCGCUAUACUGCCAGAAUCAAUCACCAGCCGUAGAUGGGACAAGCACCACCGGCUGCUAUUGACGUACGACGCCAAUCUCAACAAUCCGGGUGAAUUCUACUGCGACGCAUGUGAAACAGCAGAAACGAAUCCUAAGAGGUGGAUGUAUCACUGCCGCCACUGCGAUCUAUCCAUCCAUCCCCGCUGCUUGAAAUCCACAUCCGGUGAGUAUAGAAACAUCAAGUUCGGAAAGGAGUAUGUGAUUAAUGAUGCGGAAGUUCACCCACCACACCCUCUCGCCUAUCAACUUCUCACAAAACGCCGUUGCGACCUUUGUCGUAGGGAUAAGUAUGAAUCGCGAGGAUUUCAGUGUGCAUCAUGCAACUUCUGCGUUUGUUUAUACGCCUGCGGCGAGAAAAUGCUCAAAAAUGGCUGCAUGAAGGCCGUCGAGUGAUGUUUUACCUCUUUCUACUUGUAUUUCUUUUGCUUAUGUUUUUCUCUCACCGCUUUUACUUCUCAACGUGGGAGGGUUUUUUGUUUGUUUGUUUGAUCAAUUUGAUCCUAUGUUUGGUGUUUCUAA